AUGAAAGUACUAAAAUUGAUGAAAAAUGAAGUGUAUUCCAUUGUGCUGCACUAUUUUGGAAGUAUUUUAGCCAUUUUUUAUGUAGAACAACCAAUGAAAAGUUAGAUACACAAUUAUCCUUAAUCAGCCAAUCAGAUUAAAGAAUUUUCUUUAAAAAUAGCGCUUGGGUUUUCAGUUUAAAAUAUUAAUUAAAAUGGGCCCAACAAAAUCACCAAAAGCUGAAGCAAAAAAAACAGUUAAGACAGUUAAAACUAAAAAACCCACAGAUGAAAAGAAGAAGGCAAGAAGAAGAUAAGAAACAUUUGCUUUAUAUAUCUACAAAGUCUUGAGAUAAGUUCACCCAGAAAUUGGUGUUUCUAGAAAGGCCAUGAACAUCAUGAAUUCAUUCAUCAAUGAUAUUUUCGACAGAAUUGCUCUUGAAGCCAGCAAAUUAGUCAGAUUUAACAAGAGAAGAACUCUUAGUUCAAGGGAAAUCUAAACUGCUGUCAAAUUGUUACUCCCAGGAGAAUUGGCCAGACAUGCCAUCUCAGAAGGAACCAAAGCAGUCACCAAAUAUACAAGUGGAUGAUUUUUUAAUUUUUAAUUAAGUUCAAAUAUAUUGUAAAAGUGACUCUUCCUA